AUGCCUGUCACCAUGCGGGACGACAAGUCAUCGACCAGAGGGUCGACAGAGUCGCUGCCGACAUUACCGACGGUGCCUCUGCCGGUAAAUCCGCCUACUGCUGACCUACUCACAGCUGAUGCCUCUUGUGGUGCAGGCCGACUCACCCGUAGCAGCUCACCGUCCGCGCUUAGUAGCGAGUUAUUUUUGCGCGUCAAUUCGCAAAAUGAAUUGAUUGAGUCAAUGGAGGAUAUGCUCACUCAACUCACGGAAGAUCUCACGCUGGGCGAAGUCACCAUGAUGCUCGAAGAGCUGGAAGAAUCUCACCAGGCCUUUCGCAGCGAACAUACCUGGUUGGUUUCGCACUGGCCUCCCGCUCAUCUUGACCACGCAUACUUCACCUGCAAGACCAACCUUGUCGAGUCCAAGUUGGUACUCAAGGUAAAGCGACAUCUCGGGCGUCUCCAAGACAAACUCACUCAGCCCACUCAACCUGCCGUCUCGACUGAAGCCACCUCAAGAGUCCGCUCACGUUUACCAGAGCUCACGAUGCCGAAGUUCUCCGGUGAGUGCCGCCUGUGGCCGGACUUCAAGGCCAUGUUCACUUCGGUCAUUGGGUCCAGCAAGGAUCUCAGCGAGCUAGAAAAGUUCCAGUACUUGAAAUCGGCGGUGGAAGGCGAUGCCGCGGAUCUCAUCUCCAACCUCGCUCCCUCAGAUGGCUCUUUCAACUCAGCCUGGCUCCUGCUCAUCGCGAGAUACGAGAACAAGAGGCUCAUUGUGAAAUCUCACCUCGAGAGAGUCUUGGCGCUCAAGCCGAUGCAGAAGAGGUAA